AUGGACACCAUCACCACACUGGUCCACACUUUGCAGGGUCCUCUCUAUCAUUAUAAAUGGCAGAUGUGCACGUUUGCACUGACAGUUCUGAACAACCCAUCUCACAUGGACAAAGCCUUUGCAUACGACUUCCUUCAUCCAUGGCUUGGAACUGGUCUGUUGACGAGCACUGGGCGUAAGUGGCGCCAGCGGCGAAAGAUGCUGACCCCUACGUUCCACUUCUCCAUCCUGACAGAGUUUUUGGAAGUGAUGUGUGAACAGGCCGAGAUCCUGGUGGAGAAGUUAGAGAGGCUGGCAGGGAAUGGUCCAUUCAACUGCUGCAGCCACAUCACUCUGUGUGCCCUGGAUAUCAUCUGUGAGACAGCCAUGGGGAAAAAAGUCUAUGCCCAGAGUAAUUCUGAUUCCCAGUAUGUACAGAGUGUAUACAAAAUGAGUGACAUUGUCAGUCGCAGACAGCGGACACCUUGGUUUUGGCCUGAUUUUAUUUAUGACUGGUUUGGUGAGGGCCGGGAUCAUGACAAGACACUCAAGAUCCUCCAUUCCUUCACCAAGAGAGUGAUACAAGAAAGAGCAGAAAAUAUGCCAUAUAUGGAGUCAGACAGCGAAUCUGACCAAGGGACACGGAAAAGACGGGCGUUCCUGGACAUGCUCCUGCAAACCACAGAUGAGAACGGCAACAACCUGAGCCAUCAGGACAUCCAGGAAGAAGUGGACACCUUCAUGUUUAGGGGUCAUGAUACCACAGCAGCCUCAAUGAACUGGACACUGCAUCUGCUGGGCUCACACCCUGAGGUGCAAAGGAAAGUCCACCAAGAACUUCAGGAUGUUUUUGGAACGUCUGGGCGGCCUGUUAACACGGACGAUCUGAAGAAGCUCAAAUAUCUGGAAUGUGUGAUCAAAGAGUCCCUGCGACUGUUUCCCUCUGUGCCCUUUUUCGCCCGUAGACUCUCUGAAGACUGCAACAUCAAUGGAUUCAAAGUUCCCCAAGGUGCCAAUGCCAUUGUAAUUACAUACACUCUCCAUCGUGACUCGCGAUACUUCCCUGAGCCCGAGGAGUUCCAACCAGAACGAUUUCUGCCUGAGAAUUCAGUGGGACGACCUCCGUAUGCAUACCUGCCCUUCUCUGCUGGACUCCGUAACUGUAUAGGUCAGCGUUUUGCACUAAUGGAAGAAAAAGUGAUCUUGGCAUCCAUUCUGCGUAACUUCACUGUUGAAGCUUGUCAGAAACGUGAAGAACUGCGGCCAGUAGGGGAGCUCAUUCUGCGAUCGGAGAAGGGAAUCUGGAUCAAACUAGAGAAGAAACAACCCCAGAACACACCAGUGUAG